CAGACGACAGGGGUCCUUUUACUGAUGACGGAGACACCGAAGAUGAUGUAGUCGAAACUUGUUAAGGUUUCGUCAUUUUUAAAGAUAAUAUUAGCGUAUUUGUACAGAUGCGGAGCUCGUAUUACAAACCGCAAAAUGGCUCAAACUGCACGUACACCAAACUGAAAGCUUCAGCUCAGACUAAACCAGCCUUCGCCGGCUCAGCGAUGCCGCAGAAGCUCCAGAAGAACGCUCAGACGGCUCACUACAUCGAACUGGGAGGCUAUCAGUACUGGCCGGUGCUGGUUCCCCGAGGAAUCAGACUGUACACCUACGAACAGAUCCCGGUGUUCCUGAGGGAGAACCCCUACAUCACCGAUGGAUACCGAGCCUACCUGCCCUCCAGGCUCUGCAUCAAGAGCCUCUUCAUCCUGUCCAAUGAGACGGUGAACAUCUGGAGCCAUCUGCUCGGCUUCCUGCUCUUCUUCUGCCUCGGCGUCUACAACAUGGCGUCUGUGCUGCCGGCCGUUGGCGCCUCCAAAGAGGACUACGUCAUCUACUCCAUCGGGCUCUUCUGCUUCCAGCUGUGCAUGCUCUGCUCGGUGGGCUAUCAUUUAUUCUGCUGCCAUCGCUCGGAGAAAACCAGCCGCCGCUGGAUGGCGCUGGACUACGCCGGCGUCUCCAUCGGCAUCCUGGGCUGCUACGUCCCCGGAGUCUUCUACACCUUCUACUGCAACAACUACUGGCGGCAGGUCUACCUGGUGACGGUCCUCGCCAUGAUCCUGGCCGUCUUCUUCGCCCAGAUCCACCCUCAUUACCUCAGCAAACAGUGGAAGCAGAUGCGCUCGCUCAUCUUCUGCUCGGUGGCCGGAUAUGGCCUCGUCCCCACCGUCCACUGGAUCUGCAUCACCGGAGGCUUCUCCUCUGAGCUCGUACAGGCGUUUGUUCCUCGAGUUCUGGGGAUGUACUUCAUCGCAGCUUUAGCUCUCAUUUUCUACGUCUCUAAAGUCCCUGAACGCUACUUCCCAGGUCAGCUGAACUACCUGGGCUCCAGCCACCAGGUGUGGCAUCUUCUGCUGGUCCUCAUGUUCUACUGGUGGCACCAGACGUCAGGAUUCCUCAUGGCCUACAGACACAGUCAGCCCUGUCCUGAAGCUCCGCAGCACUCCUAGAAUCUCUGAGCGCCUGUCGACUGCAGCUCGGCGGAGAAAUCGAGGACGACCUUUAAGUUCAUCUGACGUCCCAGACGGACGUUUUCUUCCCUGACGAGGAGGAAACCAACACUAGAGGUGGCAAAUUAAUAUUUAGGAUCAAACAGGACUUUUUAAAGCAUUAGUAGGAAAACUGUCACCAACAACGAAGCUUCGACUUUACAGGAAAACUGUAGAAACUGCAAGAAUCAGACUAUUAGGGCGGGUUGGGUUCUUAAGUCUUGUAGCGUUUCUGGUCUUUUUUUUUUUUUUUUUUAAUCUUUCUGUAAGUGCCUGUAAAAAACCGUCAUGUAGCUGUAGUUAACCUGUACAGUUUGGCUUCUAGGAUUAAACUUUUUAGCUGUUUAACUUAUUUUUACAGCCAGUGUUUCGUAUUUUUCUUCCCAUCAAAUCUAUUUUGAAUGUAGUUCGACUUUAAAAAGGUUUAAUUAGGCCUUAAAGCUUCCAUCGGCAAUGAGAUAAAAUGUCGUGAAAAGGGAAAAUUCAGUGUUUAAAGUGGAUAUGAGUGAACGGAUGUCGAGUUUAACUCCACUUCAAUCAUUUCUGAUAGGUUCAUGAUGUUCAGAAUGGGGUUGUUGAAUCCUCGUGGUGAAACUUGGAGCUUCAUCGUGAUGAAAACAAGCAAAAACCAACCAAAGACCGUUGUGGAAGCCAGUUUUCUACAUUUAGGUUUUCUGUUUUGUCAUUUAAAAGUGUUUGUUUCUGCUAAGCGACGCGAACAAAACACGCUUUUAGUGCAGGAACUAUAAAGACUUCAUGCGUUUAAACGAGGGUUGGGCAACAAAAACAGCUUCUGAAGUAAAGAUUAAGAAUUCUGCUGAUCAGUUCCAGAACUAAUUUCACUCGUUCUAGUUUCACAUAAACGAUAUCUUGCUUUUCUUUCUGUUUCCUGAUGCAUUUGCUUUAAUAAAUCAUGAUUUAAUUAGCAGACAAACGGUAAAAAAGAAGUGUUUGUCUUGUAAUAAUCACUGUAAUUUAGCAUAAGCUGCUAUAAAACGCUUUGGAGUGUCGUUAAAAGUAGAUGACGUCAAACUGCUGUUGCUACAUUUGCUUAUUGUCGCUGCUAACGUUUAUAAAUGUUGCGUUUAAAAAUGUGAAAAACGUCGUAGUAGUGUGACAUAGUUUCUUUACUGUGGCGACACGUUUUCAGUAUUUAUUCUGCUUAUUUAGGCUCGUUAUGGACGAUUAAAGCCUUUAUAGCAACACUUUAAGCUGUAGGAUUAUCAAGUGUGACAUUUUCCACAUAUUUUAAUCAGAAACUACAUAAUUUCCCCCGCAGAUUGUGUUAAAUCAGUGCUGUAAACUGUCCACAGGUUAAACUGACUUUUCCAUACGCUCUAAUCUACUGGUGUUCCCUGAACGUCUUCGUGUGUCAAAUUGCUUUGUAAACAGUGAAAUAAGACUUUUUAUGUCGUGGUUUAGUGGAACUGAUGAGCAGAACGAUUAGAACCAAUCAUAUCCAGCUCUAGUGAAUGUUUUCUCUGUUUUUGCUGCUUUGUCUGUGUUCAAACUGACACUUCCUUUGAAUCAGAGCUGCACAUCUCAGUAUUUACUGUUUCUGUCUAUUGUCUGUUACCGGCCGACGGCACUCAUUGUUUCUGAACUUUAGGUUGUUUUAAAGCGUCGAUUUCUAAGCACAGAUUUCUGACUGCAUCCAGUUUUCUGCUUUUUUUUUUUGUUCAACAUCUUUUACUUUAUUACAGAGAAUCCAUUGAAAAUCAAUCAACUUUAUCUAAAAGUGGGUUUUUAAAGCUACGCUGUACUGGUUGAAACAUUUUGUGCAGCUCUGUUCACUUUAACUACAAAUGUUUUAUGCUUCUGUUGCUGAAUUAGUUCAAACUACACCAGACUUUGGGGAAUCUUCUGUCUGUGAACUCAGUGUUUUUAGCUCGUUUAGGGUGAUGUGCAAUGUUUAAUAGUUUAUCUGUAGAUUCUCAGUCUGACAGACUUUAUUGAUCCUGAGGGCUUCAGCUGAAGGCAGAUGGACUUAUUGUUGGUUCUUGAAGACGUUUCAUCCUCAUUUCAGAGGCUGCCCAGGUGUUUAUUCUCAUGAAUCAAAGUGUCUAAAUGGAGGUGAAACUUCCUGGUAAAGCUGUCAGCUGGUGUUACUUACAGAUGGUUUCCUUCACUUUUCUCUCUAACCGUCUGUCCGGAAUGUGAAUGCAGACCUUACUACGAAAUUUCACCACCAUUUACACCCAACUACGGAGCCCCCUAAACGCCAUAGCACAUGUUAUCCAUUUGCAUUUCCUCACAAGAUGCUUUACUUUCCUUGUAAACCGUUUGAGCGUUCGGUGUGUUGGUUCAGUCCAGUUAUAACUCUGCAGAAAGUCAAGAUAAUGUGAUGCAUUUAUGGAACGUUUUUGACAGAAUCCAGCUGCUGGUUGUGAUGGUCGAACUUGAUCCAGUUACUGAGGUUCUUUUAUGACAGAUAUGUUUGUUUAAAACGGAAGCAAACUUUUAAAAUGUCGUGAAAAACUAACAGAAAAAGAAAAUCGCAAUUAGACCUGAAUAAAGUAGGUGGUGCGUUUUGCCAACCACAAAAAAAGCAAAGAAGAAAAGGAAACGUAAACCUACAAGACAAAAAUGUAGAGAAGUCUUCAGGAAUUGUUUGAGGAAGUAGAAAUUAUUCUAUUAUUCUUUUAUUGAAACUGGUAAAUGGAAAAUAUGCUGUCAAUAGGCGAAGACAAUGAAAGGAAUCAAACAUCUCACAUUAGCUGUGUUUAGAACAAGUCAAAAACCGCCUCAAGCAAAUGUAAAAAUGAUGUUUGCCGUGUCUCUAAUGCUGCAUGGAGUCAUAGUUAUGAUCCUGGAUCACAGUAAAGUGACAGUUUUGCUGGUUAGGUGUCGGAUUGAAGCUGCUGAAUUCGAAUAGACAUCUGUCAUAGAAGCACUGCCGGUUUAAACAGUAACAGCUGGAAGCAACCACAGAUUGACCCACAGCAGCGAGACUCAACUGAAUAAUGAGGCAGAAAUGCAUCACAUCGUCUCUCCUCCUUGUAGGAGCAGAUUUUCUCCGAACAUCUUGUGAAGAAAUGGAAAGUAUGUCUGAAAAAAUUCUUUCAAAUCACCAAAACAACCUGAAAAUAGAACAUGGGAAUCCCAACUUUUCAGGGAGAACCCAAACAGCCUCUUGAAUGAAGGUUAAAUGUAGAACCAAAGUCCAGCUGUUUUCAACCAAAACACUGAGGAUUUUAACGUCUUCAUUCCAAAAUGCAGCAAAUCCAUGUUACAUUAUCAGAAAUAACCAUUGUUGAACAUGUUUUCUAACCUUAAGAGUCUUAAACAUGAAUUAAAACUAGUGUCCAGCUAAAUGGUGUCAUUUUGGAAUGAAGCCAGAUGUUUUCUGUUUAUUUAAUGUUCUAGACUGAGUACAAUGUUUUUUUGAUGUCUUGUAUUUAAAUUAUUCUCAAAGAACCUGCUCUGUGCUGCCUGUAACGGUUUCUCAAAAACAUUUUGUCUUUGAUAAGAGACUCUGUGUGGAACUCAUUUUGUAGUGACAAAAUUUUGUACCGUAAUUUUUCAUACCUGAGCAAUCAGAAAUAAAAUGAAACAUGUACACUUUGAAA